AUGGCUGGUCAAACGAAAUUCAAGCACCUGCCUAGGGCGCUGAAUGGACCCGUCGGGUGUCCGUUCGAGGGUCGACCUUUACUCCUAAACACGCACUACAACAAGGGUUCCGCCUUUCCCGAAGAUGAGCGGGACAGGUUCAAGCUUCACGGCCUUCUGCCACCGGGAAUACAGACGUUGGAUGAGCAAGUUAAGCGUGCCUAUGAGCAGUACUCCAGUCGACCGGACGACUUGGCCAAGAAUACUUUCAUGGCGAGUAUGAAGGCGCAAAACCAGGUUCUCUACUACAAGUUGCUACAAACACACCUGAAGGAGAUGUUUAGUGUCAUUUAUACCCCCACCGAGGCCGAUGCUAUUCAAAACUAUUCAAGAGUUUUCCGCAAGCCGGAGGGGUGUUACUUGAGUAUUGACCACCAGGAUAGGAUUGAGGAAAGCCUCGAGAACUUUUCCGACAUAGAUGAGAUUGACUACGUCGUCAAUCAAGAUUUGCUGGACAAUGAGCUGUACCUAGGUGUACGCCGGGCGCGUGUUCGGGGCAAAGAGUACGACGAAUUUGUGGACAGAUUCAUCCAAGCGACAAGGCGCAAGUUCCCGAAAGCCUAUAUUCACUUUGAGGACUUUGGGCUACACAAUGCCAAACGUAUCCUAGAUCGAUACGGCGACCAGUUUGCCUGCUUCAAUGACGACAUACAGGGCACGGGGUGCGUGACAUUAGCCGCGAUGAUGACGGCUCUUCAUGUCAACAAGGUCAAGAUUGGCGAGGUCAGAGUCGUCUGUUUUGGCGCUGGCUCCGCUGGGACUGGGAUUGCGGACCAAAUCAGUGACGCGAUCGCUACCAUGUCUAAGAAGUCAAAGGAGGACGCCGUUCAGCAGAUCUGGUGCGUCGAUAAAGCUGGUCUGUUGCUCAAGUCGCAAGGAGACGAGCUCACGCCAGCUCAGGUGCCAUUUGCGAGGAAGGAUGGCGAAUGGAGCGAGAGCGAUGAGCGGGAUCUCCUUGCCGUUGUUAAAAAGGUGAGGCCACACGUGCUGAUUGGCACGUCGACGAAACCUGGCGCAUUUACCGAGGAAAUUGUGAGGGAAAUGGCCAAGCACGUUGAUCGGCCCGUCAUAUUCCCCUGA